AUGGGGUCCAAGGAAGCCAAAGUGGAUCAGCCCACAGUGGAGAAGGAUGUUGCACUCGGUGAAGUUCACGAUAUCGGAGCUGAUCUAUAUGUGGAGGCUGAACAGUUAUCCGCUGAGGAACUGGCGCUGGAGGGCGCUCAGGUCCUGCGUAUUCUGGACUGGAGAAUUAUGCCAAUUCUCUAUGUGACAUACGUGAUUCAGUUUCUGGACAAGUUGUCGCUCAACUAUGCAUCUGCAUACUCCCUUAAUGCCGACCUCGGACUCGAAGGUCAGCGAUACUCCUGGGUUGCAGCCAUCUAUAAUUUUGGAUACCUAUUCUGGGCCAUCCCUUCCAACCUCAUGAUCCAGAAACUGCCCGUGGCCAAGUACAUGGGUGGGAUGCUUCUGGUAUGGAGCGUAAUUGUAAUUGCCCAUGUUGGGGCCAAGAACUACGCCGGAAUCCUGAUACUUCGAUUUCUGCUUGGAAUGGCAGAGGCUGGAGUCAGUCCCUGCAUGAUGAUCAUCACUUCCAUGUUCUACAAACGGGGUGAGCAGCCACUGCGGAUGGCCAUCUGGCUGAGCGCCAACGGGAUGGCGACAAUGGUCGGGGCACUUCUCGGAUUUGGCCUGGGCCACGCCCAUAGCACGGUACUUCACAGCUGGAAGCUCAUCUUCUUGACCAUCGGGUUGCUCAACUUUGUCACUGGAUGCGUCUUCCUCGCCGUCAUGCCCGACUCACCAGCCUCUGCACGCUUCCUCACGCAUCGUCAACGGGUCGUGGCUGUGAGACGGGUGGCGGAGAACAUGAUCGGAGUCAAGACUCGGGAGAUCAAGCUCGGACAGGCGUUUGAGAAUCUAUACGAUCUCAAGGUUCUUUGCUAUGCUGGUAUCGGCAUCGCCUGUGGAGUUAUCAACGGUGGAGUGUCGAACUUUUCUUCCGCAUUGAUCAAAGGCUUUGGAUUUAGCGGUAUCAAUGCCACCUUACUUCAGCUGCCGACUGGGGCUUUUGAAGCUGUCAUAGUACCUAUCUGCGGUCUGGUCGCGACCUAUGUGCCGAACUCGAGGUGCAUUGUUCUCGCUGUCAUCAGCCUGAUUCCUCUCGCUGGGCUAUUGGGUAUUCGAUUUACUGAUCUUGAUCAUCGCUGGACACUUGUCGGAUGUACGUGGCUUCAGUACAUUAUCGGUGCGCCAGUGAUCGUCUGCUGGAACCUUCUGUCUACAAAUGUUGCUGGUCAUACCAAGCGGGCCGUUGCCAAUGGUAUGUGGUUCACGCUUUAUGCAGCUGGAAAUGUCGCUGGCGCAAAUAUCUUCUUUUCUCGCGAGGCCCCGCGCUAUUAUUCUGCGCUCACAGGGCUGCUCGUCUGUUAUGCGGGGAUCAUUGUGUUAUCUGCCGUGGCAUAUCUGGGAAUGCGAUGGGAGAAUGCACGUCGGGAUGCCGCGGCCGCUGAAUCCGUAGACGCCUCGGAGGAUGUUACAUCGCAGGCUAUCGUGGAUGGAUUCAAAGAUAUGACGGAUAUGGAGUCCAAGCACUUCCGAUAUGCACUUUAG